AUGGACGUGCAAGUUUCAAUACCCAGAACAUCAUUGAUUGAUGGUUCAUACACGGUUUAUCACGUACUGGUGCGACUUCCCUUAAGGAAGUAUGAGUUGGCCAGACGGUACUCUGAUUUUUACAAACUAUUCCAUGAUAUGGAAGAGGAAAUGCGGUACAAGAACAACAAGAAAUUCCCGCUAGUGGUGCCUCCCAAAACCAAGUUUUAUCAGAAUAGCAACGAUCGCGAAGUGGUGGAGUUUCGGAGAAGUGAGUUCGAGUACAUCUUGCUGCAAAUCGUGAAUAACGGGGUCGAUGAUGAUGGUGAUUGGAGGAACACUUUGGCGUUUGAAGGGUUCUUGGAACUACCCCUGGGGAUCUUCAAGGAGAGUACUAGUGGUAGUACUAGUAAUAAUAAUAAUAAAAAUAAUAAUAAAAGUAAUAAUACGGCAAUGCAUUAUUCGUUGAAAUCCGGUGUUGGUGGGGGAAAUGACCCGAUUAUCGAUAUUGGAGCGUGGUUGGAUACAGUGCGCGAGUGUCGGAAAUUACUACAAGUUGCUAGAAGUCUUUGUGCUAGUAAUCCUCAGCAAACCCGGAAGAAUUUGAUCGUGGUGCGAUCGAGGUUUGACCCAUUAGACCAAGGGUUGAAACUUCAUGAGAUAAACCAGAAGAAGAAUCGGGGUGGGUUGGCAGCAAAGGACAGGUCCGUCGCCGCUGGAGGUCCUGAAGUUUUAGGAGAUGGAGAGAUCAGAAGGAGGAAAGAUUUGUUGAGUUCUCUCAAGCAAGAGCAUGGGAAUAUUGAAAGUUUAUUGACCAGCAUCAAUGGGGAGAAAUAUAAUGGCAGCAGCAGCAGCAGCAGCAGCAGCAGUGAGAAACCAAUAUCGACAAUGCCGGGAAGUUUCAAUGUCGUCGUGAUGUCGGAGUCUCGUGGGGUAAAUGAAGUUAAUGGGUUAUUUGGGAAAAAACCAUCCAGACGGGUUUUGGGACAACCGUUGCCAGAGACUGACGAGACCCGGGGACUAGGAGAUACAGAUUUGUUGCAACAGCAGCAAUUGAAGUUGAAAACCCAAGACGAUGAGCUUGCAAUGUUGAGUAAAGCAAUCCAAAGACAGAAAAUGAUGGGGUUGACGAUCAAUGAGGAGUUGGAUUACCAAAACACCCUUCUAGGAGAGCUUGAUAGGGAUGUUGAUAAUGCGUCUACGAAGUUGAAGUAUGCCAAUAAGAAAACCAGGAAAAUCAAUGGAUAA